AUGCCAAAUAGUUGUGCUGCUUUUGGUUGUUCAAACCAUAAUUUAAUGGAAAAUAAACCUGGAUUCUACAGAUUUCCGAAUAACAACCCAGAACGAAGAAAAAUGUGGAUAAGUGCAUGUAAAAGGAAAAACAAAGAUGGUACUGCUGACUGGAACCCAACUGGAAAAAAUGUUUAUCUCUGUGGGAAACAUUUUACAACUGGGAAAUCAGUAAAAGAUCCUGCACAUCCUGACUACAUACCAACUAUAUUUGUGUAUACACAAAAUGAUUCAGAAAAAAACAAGAAGAAAAUAGAAAGAUUCGAGUCAGCCAAAAAAAGAAGCCUAGCAAAAGCAAGAACACCCGUCGCACCAAAAAAACAGCGUACCUUAAAUUUUGUUUCACCAGGAAAGCCACCAUUACAGCAAAGUAACAAAUUUAUUUCACCACCACUAUCACCAUGUUCUAGUACUACAUCUCUGAUGUCACCACUGCCAGAAAUGCCUGAAAUGGAAGUAGACUUUUCUCUUUCUUCACAAACACAACAUUUAACACCAGUAACUAUAUCAAGACCAACAACCUUAAAUGCAAGUACCCAGACCACAAGCUCAAUUUUGGAUAAUAAACAUUUAAUUGAAAUAACAAAUCUGACUUCAAAAAGCAAAAAUUACAGUUAAUGAUCUUGAGAGUAAAUUCAUAUGCUAUGAACAUCUGAAAAAAAAGCCAGCAAAAUUUAAAUAUUACACUGGAAUAAACAAAGAUCAAUUUGACACUGUUUUUGACAUGGUGAAAGAUUCGUUGCCAAAAAAAUUUCGAUCGAAGAUGCCUUUCAAAGAUCAGUUGCUGAUGACUCUUUAAUUGCUUGCUCGCCUCAAGGAUCCAUUUCUUUUCUUUCAAAGGCUUGGGGUGGUAGAGUGUCAGAUGUUGAGUUGGUCAAGCAAAGUGGCUUUAUCAGUAGCAAAUAUCAUCACCCUGGAGUUUAAAUACUUGCAGAUCGUGGAUUUACCUUGACCAACCGAUGAGUUUGCAGCAGGUUGUGGCGUUGAACUUAUUAUGCCUAGUUUCACAAAGGGAAAAAAGCAAUUGUCUGCACAGGAGGUUGAGACUACUCGUCAAAUAGCUUCAAUACGUAUUCACAUUGAACGUGUGAUUGGGUUAAUAAAAAACAGAUAUAACAUUCUUACUGGACCAAUACCCAUUACAAUGACAAAGUCUCUCUCUGAUGAAGCAAAUGAAUCAGAAUUUACUAGUAUCGACAAGCUUGUUACUGUUUGUGCUGCACUUGUGAAUCUUUUCGAUUGUUUCGUACUUGAGUUGUAAAUGUAAUCAACAACCUCUGCUGGCAAAGUUAUGUUAUUAUAAAUAUCUCUUGACAUUUGUUGUAACUCGUCACCAUCUUUAUCAAUGUUGUUACUGUUAAAUAGCGUUCUCAAUGACUUUGGUAACUUGGCUCUUCUAGGUGGUUCAUAUAUUGGCACGAAUGGUUUAUAAAAAUCAGAGAAUGUAUGCAAAACAAUGGAUUUUUUGUCCAAUUUAGACAGUUUUGAUAAAAACCUUGCCUUUUCUUCAUCAGUUGGUGGAACAUUACUACCAGGAAAUUUAUUACUGCUACGAUUGUUUUUCUUAAAGUUCUCAACAGCCUUCUCUGAAUAAAAUUUAAUGUCAGAAAUCUUCUUCGGUGCAACUUUUUUGACAAAAUCGACAUUCCACUUACAUGCUUCUUCAGUACAUGCUUUCUUAGUGAAUCCAGCACGAACAGCAGCCUCGAUUUUAAAUAACAAAGCCCCUAUGUGACUACAUGACUCACCAAGCCCAGCCAUACAUGUGCAGUGGGCAGAAAGAACAUUAACAUUUUUUAUGUCCACAAUGAUCCAGGGUAUGUGAGGAUCCUCAUUUACUCUUUGAGAAGGCAUAACUUCUGCCUUCAGUAAAAUAUAUGGCCAUGUUUUGUCUUUCUUAAAGAAAAACACAGUUCUAACCCAUCCACUAACAAAUUGAUUGUGGGCUUCCAAACUUUUUCGACUCUUCAUAGCUUCUCUUGUAAAAACGCCAGGGGUGUUUACCAAGUAAUCAUAAACCUCAGGGUACUCCAAGUUUGGCCACUUCGAAGGAUCGUUGAUCCAAGCAUCUGCUGGCAAUUGGUAUGGACAAGUAUCCAAAUUAACAAUUUUUAGCUUAUUAAAAUAUCUUGUUUUCGCUUCGA